AUGAUCCAAAUAUUCCUCAUCACGCUCCUCGCUGCCCUCCUCGUCCUCUACACCUUCUUCCCCAACACAUGGCGCUCCCUCAUGGCACGCGACAUCGAGGCCUAUCCCUACGCCCGUCGUGCAGACCACAGACUCGCUUUGGUCGCGACCAGUCAGUCUUCUUUCCUUUUCUCUCUCACAAACUCCAACAUAUCAGCCGCUCUGAACACAGGAAACCCAUUCCGCCCCUCGGGCCCGCCCGUAUGCAUGGCCAAACUCAUAAUGCAGCGACACAAGAUAAACCAGUCCAUCUCCCGCAACAAUAAUAAAUCAAAAAGAUCCUCCCCUCGUCUAAUUCCAAUUCCAAAACUACCAGCCAUACAUGUCCCUCCUCCCCCGACUCCCAUUCCUACCGCUAUCAAAUCCACGCGUCCACCACCACCCCCGCCUGCACCCGUCCUCAUCCCACCACCCGUGCACGAGCCUUCCCAUUCCCACAGUAUACCAGCUCCCUUAACUUUACCCUUAUUAUCUUCCCAUAUACCCACCGCUUCAUCUUCGCCCCCUUCCUCGUCUUCGUCCCUGCCUCUAGAACCUUCCCCCUUACAUCCACCGCAUCCACACCCUUCAAUCCAUCCCGACUCCCUCCGCCAUCCCUCCACGCUCACGCUAACGAACACAGACAUGAAUGUAUACCCACCCGCUACUGCCCCCGAUAUCACACCCACGCCCAACAACGACGCUAAACAUACCCCCAUCCUCCCAACACCAAAUCUCCCUUCGCCUUCGCCUACACCUACGCGUACGUCUAUUAAUAGCUUACCACCGCUGCUUCUGCCACUCGCGGGUCUGGAUUCGAAGACGCAAUUCGAUCGGGGUUUGGACGCGCCUCGGAGUUUUGCUCACCCGGUCCACGGACGCGGUAGCGGCGGUGUAUCGGGGGUGGCGAAGGCGGAUGUGGGAGAUAGAGAGGACGGAGGGGGGCGGGAGGCUGCACACGUUCGGUCUGGGCCCGCGCUUCAUGCACAGACGCGGGAUAGCGCGCACGAGUACCCCCGCGCCCGCGGUCAACCGAAUGCGCAAGUUCACGACUGCGAUUGCGAUUGCGAUGACAAGUACGAAUACGCUAACGAGGAGGAUCUGCGUCUGCGUUUACGCGGCAACGGAAGUGGGCGUGGGCUCGGGGAGCGCGAUGCGUGGUUCACGCCCUCUCUCGCAUCUGUGUCUCUAUCCCUGCCCUUCCGCCCCGCCUCCCCGCUCACCCCCAACACCUCCCCCCUCAACAACAACACCAAUAACAACACCACCCACCCGCUCAACGUCAACACUAACACUCAUACUAACGCUAACACAGCCCCCGCCACUGUCGACGUCGACGUGCGCAUCAAAUUCACGUUCAAGGGGUGUGACACGCCUUUUGUGUUUCCCCUCCCGCUUGCGCUCUAUCCCGCUGGCGGUGGUAUCAGCGGUGUCGGUGGAGUUGGUGGUAUCAGCGGUAUUGGUGGUGUCAGCGGGAGGAGAGGUACAAUGAUGAUGAAAGGGAGUCCGCGGAUGAAGGGGGGGAUGGCGAGGAGUAGAAGUCGGGGAAGGGGCGCUUUGGGUGGGACGCAGCAUCAUUAA